GAUCCAGUCAGACAUUUGCCUCCCGACACUUUAAAGUGGAAUGAUGACUUGUUUAUCUCUUUAACCUCCAACCUCAUCACCGAACAUCAUCCAUGCACAUAGCUAACACAGAGCCUAGUCAUACCAAGGCUGAGUGUACCAACGAGGCUGUUGCUCGCGAGUUCACUGGUACUUGCCGCCUCUGUGACCAGCAGGGACACCGUGCCGCAGAUUGCCCAAGCAAGCCUCCGACUAUCUGCCGCAACUGUGAGCAAGAAGGCCACGAGGCUUUGACGUGUGAAAACCCCAGAAAGAUCAAUCGUGAUCAUGUCAAGGAUGUUUCAGGAGAAGUUGCGUGGGAGGCGCUUCGAGCUGCUGUCCUUGACCAUGAUCUUGAUGAUCUUAAGGAAGCCGCCGAGCAGUACAUCAAGGCUAAUCCAGAUACUACCUAUCUCACGCUUGAGAAGGCCUUCCGAAGCCAGGGCUUGGGUGUCUAUCUCAUUGCGAUUGAGAAGGAAUUGGGCAUUACUUACACCAACAUGGACUUGCAAGGUAACCUUGACAAGACCUACAAUGUUCAAUGGCGCUGGUCCCCGAAGUCUGCUCGACCAAAGGAGGCCGAUGGCUGGCCAACUCCGGAAGAGAACUUGGAGCGUUUGAAUGAUGCUGGUGUAGCCGUCGACAGAGGCAUUCCUAAGUGCAACAACUGCAAUGAGCUUGGUCACACUCGUGCCAAGUGUGAGCAAGACAAGAACGAGACCGAUCGAGCAGAGGUCAAGUGUUACAACUGUGACACCGUUGGUCAUCGAGUUCGUGAUUGUAAGUCGUACUCCUUUUCGUUGCUGGACAUCGCUGAUUCGUGAUCUUAGGCCCCAACCCCCGAGAGGAUAAGUUCGCUUGCCGAAACUGCAAGAAAUCUGGCCACUCGUCCAAGGAAUGCCCCGAGCCUCGUUCUGCUGAAGGAGUCGAGUGCAAGA